AUGGCUUCCAGAAAUGAUGGUAUUCAGCUCCUUUUGCAAGCUGAAAAGACUGCUAGUGAAAAAGUUAAUGAAGCAAAAAGGCGUAAGGCCAAACGAUUGAAAGAAGCUAAAGCUGAAGCUCAGGCGGAAAUCGAGGCUGAGCGUGCUGAGCGUGAACGGCAUUUCAAAAUUUGUGAGGAUAAAGUUCUUGGCCGUCGGUCAGAAAUUGAGUCGCAGAUUCAAAAGCUAACUCAGGAAAUAAUAGAUACACAAACUGCUUCGGAAUACAAAGCUGAAUUGCAUUAUAGGUGUACAAAAAUUGCUCAAGAAAUAGCUAAUAAAGAGCAAUGUGAAGUCAACAUGGAUAUAAUUUGUUUAUUGACUGAAUUAAUUUUUCGUUUUCACCAAAUCCUUGCUACAGAUCUAGAAACAUUUAGUCGGCAUGCAAAACGCUCAACAAUAACUGUGGAAGAUGUAUUUUGUUUUGUUCGAAGAAAUCCUCAACUGAUAGAUUAUAGAUGCUCCCGUAAGUUGGAUAACCCAGUGCUACAACUGUUGAGUCCUCAAUCGGUGAACCACAUUUCAAAGGUAGGAUAUAAAUAAACAAUUUGAGUCAACUGGUGUAUUUUUAAAAUUGUAUCUAUUGCGAUACACGAAGCUAACGGACUUUUAAAUUGGUUUAUGAUUUUAUUCGCUGCGAUAUUUGCAGGAAGCUUCAGGAUGAUGCAUAACACGGCCAUUUGAAUGUCUGAAGUCCAAACCGUCAUCCACUUUAUUUGUGUUAGGAAUAUAAAAGUUAAAGUAUGAACACUAAAGUGCGUCGUUAUGGUUUCUCUGUUAUUUGAGUAAUAUCUAUAUAUUUGAUUUAAAUACGUAUAUAUGUUCUACUUUUUCAGUCAACUUUGUUUCAUUGUUAGUUUUAAUA